UAAUAUACUUUCUCAUUACUAUCAAUACAAGCUUUUCUCUUUUCCUUCCAUGGAUGCCAUGCUUCAUAACAAUACUGAAAUUUGUGUUGAGCUCACAGUAAGAGGAACAAUGGCACAAGGAACCACAACAUCAUAUGCAACCGUGUUCAAUUCAACUUCAACAAGCUUGAAUGAAGUUGGAAAACUAUUAAGCCAAUUUUUUGAGCUAUUGUUCGCAAUAAUUGGGUUUGCAACAACGAAUACAAGUAUCGAAAAAUCACCACUUCUGAUGGCUUUGGUUUUCAUGGUUGCUCUUUACUACUUGGUUUUGGUGCUUGUGACAAUGCUACAGCUUCACAUCAAGAACUUCCUUCCAUUCAUGAUGGUUAUUGUUUUACUUGGAAGUGUUGUUUCAGUUCUAGCUUUGAUGAUGAUUUCUCCUACAAUUGCUUGGAUUUUUUUGGGCUUGUGGAUCUUACUCUUUGCUUUGAUGUGCUAUGAGAAUAAAAAAGAACUCUAUCAAAUGAUUCCACAAAGGAUCAAGAAUGUUUUUGAGGGUGAGACUCAAAGUGGCAAUUCAAAGUUACCAGUCUAG